AUAUUCGCCACCCCCAAUUGCCCCCUCAAAAUCCACGGUCUCCUCCUUUUUACUCUCUCUCUCUCUCACAAUCCCUAGCCAAAUCAAAUCUCACCCCUUUCUCCCUCUCUUUGAUUCCCACAAUGUUGGCCGCUGUCGCUCUUUCGCCUCGCGAAGAGUUCGUCUACAUGGCGAAGCUUGCCGAACAGGCCGAACGCUACGAAGAGAUGGUCGAGUUCAUGGAGAAGGUCUCCGCCGCCGUCGACAAAGACGAGCUCACCGUCGAAGAGAGGAAUCUCCUCUCCGUCGCCUACAAGAACGUCAUCGGUGCCCGCCGUGCCUCCUGGCGUAUCAUUUCCUCCAUCGAGCAGAAGGAGGAGAGCCGAGGAAACGAGGAUCAUGUCUCCAUGAUCCGCGACUACCGAUCCAAGAUCGAGAGUGAGCUCUCCAACAUCUGCGAUGGGAUCCUGAAGCUCCUCGAUACCCGCCUUAUCCCUUCUGCUUCUGCCGGCGAUUCCAGGGUCUUUUAUCUCAAGAUGAAGGGCGAUUACCAUAGGUACCUUGCCGAGUUCAAGACCGGAAACGAGCGUAAGGAGGCUGCCGAGAGCACUCUUACUGCUUACAAAUCUGCUCAGGACAUUGCAAAUGCCGAACUGCCUCCGACUCAUCCAAUCAGACUUGGUCUUGCUUUGAACUUUUCUGUGUUCUACUAUGAGAUUCUCAACUCUCCGGACCGUGCUUGCAACCUUGCAAAGCAGGCCUUUGAUGAAGCAAUCGCUGAAUUGGAUACGUUGGGAGAGGAAUCAUACAAGGAUAGCACGUUGAUCAUGCAACUUCUUCGUGAUAACCUUACCCUAUGGACCUCUGACAUGCAGGAUGAGGGAGCGGACGAAAUUAAAGAAGCAGCAGCUGCUCCUAAACCUGACGAGGAAAAGCAGUAAACAGUUAUUUAAACUAUUCACUUCACCUCUACAUGUUUUUGAAGGGAGUUGUCUGUCGUUAAGUUCGACGCUACAGAUAUAUUUUAGGCACUCAUGUCUUUGUGAUGAAUUAUGGAUGUUCUGGGCCCCUUUUAGUUUGUCCUUCCAUUGUUUACUUGUUUUUAAUCUAUUUUCUUGUGAACAUCGCGCAGUUUAGUUUAAUCAUGUGGAAGUGGAAUUUCAAGAUUCUACUCUCCCUGCUCUA